AUGUCAACCUUAACUUUAGAAUCACGAACACCAAUUGUAAUUAUUAAACCAAUUCUUUAUGGUAAUACAGCAAAACAUUUUGGUUCAAAAAGAGAUUCCGAUGGACAUACACAUAAAUGGACACUUUAUGUUCGAUCAUUUAAUAAUGAUGAUAUGUCAAAUUAUAUUAGUCGAAUACAAUUUCGUUUACAUGAAACAUAUCCGAAUAAUAUUCGAGGU